GACCACAUAGUGAGUUCAAGGCCUUAAUCUAGUAGAACAACGGAAUUUACAUCAGCCCUGAGCCUGGAAAGAUGGUGUCACAGUCUUCGGGCCGGGAGGAUUCUCUUGUGGACCCCUGGGAAGGGGGCAGUGAAUACCCUGGCAGCAUUGAUGGUUCACCCAGACUCCUGGACACUGGCCACCCCGCUUGCCAAUCAGACCUCAGGUUCACGAGGCACAAAGCUACCUGGAUUAACCCCCAGUGUGUGCAGCAACCGCUGCAGGAUUUGCCCCUCCAAAUGCCAACAGUGGGCAACAGUGGCAGCUACUUUGUGGGGGAUGGCGCCUCUCCCUUGGGCCCUUCACCAUUGUCUCUUGAAUACUCUCUGGUGGAGACAGUAUUGUCGAAGGACACUGUGGGUUCCGUGGGAAGCUCAGGUGGAAAGAGCAACAGCUUUUCUUUUACUGCAACACAAGAGCGGACAGUGCUCCCAGGAUGCUCUCCUUGGAUGUCUGUGUUCACACGCUCCAAGAUUUUGGCAACUUCCCCACAUUCUGAGGCUGACAGUGCUUGUUUCACACCUUCCCACCUGCCAGUUUCCACUGGUGAAGGUGCUGUUCAAUUCAGUAGAAGAAGCAUUUCUUUGAAUUCCUUCUCACAAGAAACGUUCGUGUUCCCUGUUGAUAUAGAAAAGGAAAAUGCCCACUUUUAUGCUGCAGAUAUGAUUAUAUCAGUAAUGGAGAGCAUGAAGUGUAACAUCCUGAGUCAACAGCACAUGGAGAGCUGGAGUACAGACGAAGCCAGUGGGUCACUUGGGAAGGAUCAAGCUGACUCCAAAGUGAACUUUUAUAACAUAAAGCAAGAAUCUGGAUCUUCUACUUCUUCAGACAGUGGCUAUGGUUGUGCUGUGUUACAAGUUAGCCCAGUUAAAACACCUACUUGCUGUGAUGUAGUGAAAGAGGCCUGCAAAUGUGAUUUUGAUGACUUCGUUAUUAUAGAACUUGGAGAGUUUAGCAAUACCACAGAAACCUGUGGAUGUACCUGCAGCUCCUCUAAGAGUGUCAUUUAUGAGCCAAACUUCAAUUCUGCUGAGCUAAUAGCCAAAGAAUUGUACAGAGUAUUCCAGAAGUGCCGGAUGUUGUCACAAGUUAAUUAUCAGCUGGCUGGUUCCCUGAAUGCAUCUGGCUCAAUAGUUGUAAGGGAAGAGAGUGACCAAAAAGACUUUGAAUGCAGUGUGGAUAAAGUAGAAGAAAUUGAAUUUAAGCCAAGGAUCAGAGGGACAGAAGACUGGGCACCCCCUAGAUUUCAAGUCAUAUUUAAUGUUCAUCCACCACUGAAGAGGGAUCUUGUGGUAGCAACCCAGAAUUUUUUCUGUGCUGGCUGUGGAACUCCAAUAGAACCUAAGUUUGUGAAGCGGCUCCGGUACUGCGAAUACCUAGGCAAGUAUUUCUGUGACUGCUGCCACUCAUACGCAGAGUCCUGCCUCCCUGCGCGGAUCUUAACUAUGUGGGACUUCAGGAAGUACCACGUCAGCAAUUUCUCCAAAUGGUUGCUGAACAGUAUAUGGCACCAGCCCAUUUUCAAUUUGCUGAACACCAGCCACAGCCUGUAUGCGAAGGCCAAGGAACUGGACAAAGUGAGGGAAAUCCAGGAGCAGCUAUUUCAUAUCAAGAAGCUGUUGAAGACCUGCAGGUUUGCCAAAAGUGCAUUAAAAGAAUUUGAGCAGGUGCCCAGACACUUGACUGAUGAACUCCACCUGUUCUCCCUGGAGGACCUGCUCAGGGUGAAGAAAGGGCUGCUGGUGCCCUUACUCAAGGAUGUUCUGAAAGCUACUCUCACUCACGUGGCCCACUGUGAGCUGUGUCAAGGAAAGGGCUUCAUUUGUGAAUUUUGCCGGAGUACAGCCGUCAUCUUCCCAUUUCAAACCACAACAUGUAGAAGAUGUCCAGCUUGCAGAGCUUGCUUUCACAAGCAGUGUUUCCGGGCCUCCGAAUGCCCCCGGUGUGCAAGGAUCACAGCUAGGAGGAGACUUUUGGAAGGUUUGCCCUCUGCAGCAACAUGAUGCCCCUGAGUGCUGUGAAAAAGGCUAUUCGACGGGCCUUAUGAUAACACC